UUAUAAUUUUACAAACGCGCUCUUCAACAACUAGCAGCGGGAAAAAGGAAAUAAAAAAAAUUAGAAAACCCGCCUUCCUUCCUUGUUUCCCCUCUUUAGCUUUGGGUAUGUUCUUUGACCACAAAAAUCUUCUCCGGUCAUCCUUCGCCUCCCUACAUCGAGUGUUGCUUGCGUCUUUCCCUUGCACUCCGACCGCCGCCACCGAUUCUUCCCCGUUCGUUGACAUCGAUCAAGGCUCAUUUACUUCUACCCACUGGAACCACCAUAUCUCCCACUCGAUGUUGAACUUGUCAGAAAAAGCCCUAAUUCAGUAUUAUACUCUCAAGUCUCAAUAUUAAGAAUGCAAAUCUUGAUUCUUGUUUGUUUCUUAUUCCCCACAGAUAAACCGAAAAAGGGGAAUUAGAAUAACGAAGGUAGCGGGAGUUUUGGUCCGGUGGCCGUGGUUCAUCUAUCGAGCAAGGAAGAUGGGAACGCAAGCAACCAUGGUGGCUCGAUGAUGCAAUCAAUCGAGAAAGGGGAAACACCUUUAGUGCGGGAUCGAUUUGAAAAAAAAGGAGAAGGGAGAAGCAGCGAUGCUUCCCUUGUCUGCCACAGCUAGGGGGAAGGCGCUCCGACGGUCUCCUUGGUUGUUCUUCCUUGUCGCCAUCAGAUUACACGUAGGGAGGGGACUCAACUUGUCCGAUGGAUCAGGGCAAGUAGCGACUAGUAGAUCAGGAUGAUCGAUCUAUUCGUGAGGAGGAGGAGGAGGUAAUUAUCGGUUCUUGGUGAGCUUUCCUUGGCUUCUUAGACUCCGUCAUCGGUAGAAAGUGGGGUAAGUGAGUCGGUUUCUGGUCUGGUUUCGCUGAAAUAAACGGAGGGAGGAAAGGUUUGGGUGGAGGUCUAAUCGAUGAAAACAGUGGGAGCCUCUUGGUCUCGUCGGAUGCUACUCCAUCUCCAGUGGACACCUCCCAUGUACUCUGUUUUACUUAUGUAUUUUGUCGACUAUCCUGUAGGUCUCUUCUUCUUAUUCACGCCUCCACCACGGACCUCAAUUUUAAACCACCUGAUGCUCGCUUCUUUCUUCUUGAAAGACCCUCCGUCAUACCAAGUUACUAUUCAGGAUCAUUCCCUCUUUACAUUUUUCCGAUCUGCUCAGAUCACUGAUGUCGGGCCAGUUGGCAUCCACGGUGGUGCGGGACAGCUGACGUCCCUUCCUCCCUCUGGGAAAAAACCACCACAACAUCAUUCCCAACGUAUCAAGACCACAACCUCACACCCUCGCCACCAAUGUACAUCAAGGAAUCUGCCAGCCACCACCACUAACACUUUUUUAGGUUGGAUAUUUGUUUGGGUUUGGUUUCUUGAAGAUGUUCAUGGUGUUCUGGGACUCCACAGAUACGGUUCAUGAACGAAUGACACAAAAAAAUAUUGAUGGCAUUAUAAAAGGUAUAAUUUCACUACUAGAAAAAGUAUAAUAUAAUACGGUUGAAAGUAUGAAUAUAGUACAUACAUAGAGGGCGUAUUAGUAGAGGGGUGUAUUAGAUUCCAUGCCUAAUAGAGUACGGCUAUUUAACCGUACUCUAUAUGUAUCCUAUCUAUUUACAACCAUCCCAUAAAAGAAUCUAAUACACCAUAUUAUAGCAUCUAAUACACCACAAACAACCGUACUUGAUGUCACAUCCCACAUUCCUGCAAUUCAUUCCUGAUUGCAUUCCAGCCUUAUUCAUCACCCAAUUCCACUCCAUGGAUGCUGUUGCGGAACACAUAGAUCACCAUUCCAACUGAAAUGAAUGGUUCAAUUUCUGCAAAGCUUUUACUACAACAUAAAGAAAUAAUUUUAACUUCAUAAGAAUCCUUUUCAAAGCUUCAAAUUCCAAGAAAUGUUUUAAAAGUACCUUCAUUAAUAAUGUUUUGGCCUCAUCUCUGACAAUUUCAAAGAUCUCUAUGGCACUGAUUAUGGUAUACUGAUUAUGGUAUGACUACCUUUUACAAGCUGCAAAGUUAUUGUCAAACUCCUUCCACUAGCAGGGAUUGAUGUAUUCAACACAAGAGCACUAUUAAUAUAUCCACUCAUUUUGACAAUAUCAAUCUCUUGAAACAACUAUCACCAUAUAUAAUGAUGUCAAAAACCUGUUGUCCCCUCAUGUGACUAAAUGAUCAAUCUCUGCAAAAUGCAACCAAAACAAGUAUGAAGAAGGGAACGCGGGCAAAAUGGGAACAUUCCAUUCAAUUUUGACUUUUAGGUCAAAAGAAUGAAUA